AUGAGAGUUGAGGGCUCUAUUCUUCUUGCUACAACAACAACACCAACACCACCACCACCAACAUCAACCACUCCUGCUUCUGCUGCUGCUGCUGUUGCAUGCAAAAGCCGUCAGGUUGUGCUGCUGCUGCUGCUGCCGCCACAGCAGCAGCAGCAGCAACAGCAGCAGCAGCAGCAGCAGGAGCAGCAGGAGGACCUUGGAUUUGAUUCAGAAGCAGCAGCAGCAACAGCAGCAACAGCAGCAGCAGCAGCAGCAGAUGUUUGUUAUGCUGUUCGUGUUGUCUCCUUUGAGGACUGCAUUCCCUCUGUGAAUCCCCCCCGAGCAGCAGCAGCAGCAGCAGCAGCAGCAGGGCAGCAGCAGCAGCAGCAGCAGCAAGAGUUUGUAGCAGCAAGACAUCUCUUCUAUUGCUCUGAGCGGCCGUCGGCCAUCGCUGUCUCCCCCUCAGCUAGUAUGAUUGCUGUUGCAUGCGGAAAGACUUUGCUGCUGUACACGCAGCAGCAGCAGCAGCAGCAGCAGCAGCAGCAGCAGCAGCGGCAGCAGCAGCAGCAGCAGCGGUUGCUGCGUCUGCUGCAUGUAAAUUUGCUGGUGCAGGUGGCUAUACACCCCGAUGAGCUCUUCGUUGCUGCAGCAGAUGACCAAGGCCGUAUAGUUCUGUUCUACGUGCAGCAGCAGCAGCAGCAGCAGCAGCAGCAACUGCAGCAGCAGCAGCUGGAGGACGAAGAUGAGAUAGAGCAGCAGCAGGAAUCCAGCCUCCAUCGCCGCUCAUCAUCAUCAUCAUUGCGGAAGCAGUAUUUACCUAGGUUGGGGGCCCCCAUUAUAUACAUUGCUGCUGCUUGGGCUGAGCUGUUGGUGCUGCAGCAGCAGCAGCAGCAGCAGCAGCAGCAGCAGCAGAUGGAGAUGAUUGCUGUUGCAUGCGCUGAUAAUAGUAUUCGUGUUGUUGCUGCUGAUACCCUCACUCUUGUUGCUGCUGUAAAGGGGGUGCUGCUGCCUCUUGCUGCUUUUAGUAUUAAUCUAGAUGCUGCCUUUAGGAAGCAGUAUUUACCUAGGAAGCAGUAUUUACCUAGGUUGGGGGCCCCCAUUAUAUACAUUGCUGCUGCUGCAGCAGCAGCAGCAGCAGCAGAGGAGGAGGAAGAAGAGACAGACAAAACCAUGCGCCUAAUGAAACUACAAAAGAUGCAGCAGCAGCUCUAUCUGCAGCAGCAAAUACACAGCAGCAGCAGCAGCAGCUCAGCAGCUCUAUCUGCAGCAGCAAAUACACAGCAGCAGCAGCAGCAGCUGCAGCAGCAGCAGCAGCAGCAGACUGCCGCAGUCCUAUCUCAGACCCUUCCCCCUCAUCAGCAACAGCAGCAACAGCAGCAGCAGCAGCAGCAGCAGCAGCAGCAGCAGGAGAGAUAUGCUGCUCGUGUGCAGCAACGAAUCCAAGCUGCAGGUGCCGUGCCGUGUACCUUUUUGAGUGCUUCUUUAGACUCUAAAUUUAAGCUGUGGCGUCGCGUUGCUUCUCCCGGUUAUUCCUCAGCAGCAGCAGCAGCAGCAGCAGCAGCGGGAACAGCAGCAGCAGCAGCAGCAGCAGCAGCAGCAGCAGCAGCAGCAUCAGGGUUUGUGUGUUUGUAUGAGUGGGACCUCAGGGCGCUGCCUGUGUAUACUCUCUCUUUUGCUGCUGAUGCUUCUCUUCUUGCUGCUGCUCAUGGGGGCCUCCUCUCUGUAUGGGGCCUGCAGGGGGGCCCCCAUCUUAUAAACUUAAUCCCUAUACCUGCUGCUGCUGCUCCUGCUGCUGCUGCUGCUGCUGCUGCUGCUGCUGGUGGUAGUGGUGGUGGUGGUGGUGGUGGUGGUGGCGGUGGUGGUGGUGAUGCUGAUGCUGAUGAUGGUGCUGAUGGCGGUGGUGCAGCAGCAGCAGCAGCAGCAGCAGCAGGAGGAACAGCAGCAGCAGCAACUGAUGAUGGUGCUGAUGGCGGUGGUGCAGCAGCAGCAGCAGCAGCAGCAGCAGGAGGAACAGCAGCAACAGCAACAGCAGCAGCAGCAGCAGCAGCAGCAGCAGCAGGUGUAUGUACUGCUGUGAAGGUUAUAGAUAGCAGCGAGGGUUUAUUUGUUUUAUUUGCUUCUGCUGAUGGUUUUGUUUCUCUCUUUGAUUUAAUAAACAACAACAUAUGCUGGAGGCAGCAGCUCAACGGCCGAGUGGACUUGCUAGCUGUCGAUACACCGCGGAGGUUUGGGCAGCAGCAGCAGCAGCAGCAGCAGCAGCAGCAGCAGCAGCAAAGCAGCAGCAGCAGCAGCAACAGCAGCAGCAGCAGCAACAGCAGCAGCAGCAGCAGCAGCAGCAGCAAGGAUAUGCCGGGGUUAGCUGAGGAUGCUGCGGUGUAUGUACAGCUCGAAUGGACUCAAUGCAGGGAGCCCAACGACUCUAUCCUAGGCUGCUGCUUUAUACGCGAGCAGCAGCAGCAGCAGCAGCAGCAGCAGCAGCAGCAACAGCAGCAGCAGCAGCAGCAGCAGGAAGAAGAAACAAGUGUACUAGCUGUAUUGACUGCUGCCUUCAGCCUCGAACGCACUGUCUUUGUGCGUGACAGCUGCGGCGGGGCCCCCCGCACCUCAGCAGCAGCAAAAAGUAGAAAACCAUCCUCUAAGCGAGCGCUUCAGCGUUUGCUGCUGCUAAAUGAGAACGCAGAGGAGGAGACGCGGGUUGGUGCAGCAGCAGCAGCAGCAGCAGCAGCACCAGCAGCAGCAGCAGCACCAGCAGCAGCAGCAGCAGCAAAAUAUUUAUCUGUUUCCUUUGCUGAGGGAGGAGCGAUGCAUGAGCGCGAGGCAGCAGCAGCAUCAGAUGCUGCAGCAGCAGAAAUUGCUGCUGCUGCUGCUGCUUCUCCUGCUGCAGCACUGCAUGCAGUACUAAGAAAGAGCCACGCGUCAGCUGCUGCUACCGCAGGGAAGGCCCUCAAAGAUGCUGCAGCAGCAGAAAUUGCUGCUGCUGCUGCUGCUUCUCCUGCUGCAGCACUGCAUGCAGUAUUAAGGAAGAGCCACGCGUCAGCUGCUGCUACCGCAGGGAAGGCUCUCAAAGUCGAGGGUUUAUGGUUUGCAUAG